AUGUUGUUAGCCUCCUGCAUUGUGUUAAUCUUUUUUUUACGAAGCACACCGGGAAUCCAAUUGGCAGUGGAUGCCAGUUUUAAAUUUUGGAAGUUCAUAGCCUCACUUUGGGUUAAUGGGUAUCAGGAGUGCGGUGGAUCUGUAAUCGAUGAUCAUGUUGUCUUGACUGCCGCCCAGUGUGUCAAGGGUAUUCCGGCCAAAAAUAUAACAGUCCGCGUGGGCACACCAAGUAUAAAUAGAGGUGGCGAAAUCAUUCAAGUAACUGCCACGGUGGUACACCCAAACUAUAAGGAAUGGGAUAAUGAUAUCGCUCUGCUGUGGCUCGAAUCAUCCGCGUUAUCCGAUAGAGUGUCCAAGAUAGAGAUAACUAAUAGCGAACCGAACGAAGGCGAGUAUCCAAGCAACGCGGGAUGGGGCGAGACAGGGCUGGAGGUCUAUGUCAUGCCCAAAUUACUCCAAAAGGGAGUGACUAAAGUCAAGAACCGGGAGAAUUGUAGCGAGGAGUUAAUUGAACCGUUUGGCAAGGAAAUUCUCUGCACACAUUAUAAGGAUAACGAUAUAUGCCCUGGCGACUAUGGUGGUCCCUUGGUCUUGGCCAACAAACUAGUCGGCAUCGCAGUGCAAGGACAUGGUUGUGGACAUGUCAACCUUCCCUCUCUCUACGUGAACGUCUUUCAUUAUCGGAAAUGGAUCGAUCAGAACUUAAAAAAGCUGAAGAAAAAUAAAAAAUAA